AUGGAAGAUUUCAUUGCUUUUGGCACAGUUUGUUUCUCAUGGCGAACUGCUGCCACUAAGAAUAGUUUUGAUGCGCUUUCCCCCCAAGUCCCGUUGCUGAUUAUCGGGAAUUUUAUUCUCUUUCCAAAGUUGUUUUCCUUUUCCAGCAGAGGGGUGGCUCUGUUUUAUCUGCCUAUCCUUCGGCCCGGAGAUCUCAAUUGGACUAGUAUUGACACUAGAAGAUUCGGUGGUGCAGUCUCUAGUAUCAAUUACUAUUAUCAAGGUAAAUUUUAUGCUGUCUUUUACACCGCGAAGUUUGGGUUUUUGACGGACGUUGCAGGGCCUAGUAUUGCUCAACCAAUUGUAAAGCCACACUUGCUUGUUUUUCUUAGAGAUGAUAUUUUUCGCCAAGAAUCAGUUCAGUUCUAUCUAGUUGAGUUAUACGGUGCGCUAUUGCUUGUUACCCGAUUUGGCCAUCAUAAUGACGAAGAUUAUGGUUACGAUACUUUUAAAUUUAAAGUAUCUGCACUAGAUGUAAUAAAACGUGAAUUGCGGGAGAUCAACAACUUGGGAGAUUCAACAAUUUUUUUGGGCCGUAAUGGAGCAAGUUCCGUUGACUCUUCCAAGGUGACGGGAGUCAAGCCUAAUCACAUAUAUUUUACCGAUGAUUGGGUUGAGGAAUUUGACUACGUGGAAGGUGGUGGUGGAAGAGAUAUGGGGGCUUACAAUCUUGAAAAUGAAAAUAUUGAAUCUUUUUAUCCUGGAUUAUCACUGUGUCGUAUUUGUCCGCCAACUUGGGUCACACCGUCAUUCGGAUAA